AUGCCGAAAGUAAAAUCUCGAAAGUUUGGUUAUUCUCACCAGCCAUCCAAAAAUGCCACCUCCACAACCCCCGCUAGCAGAGCGUUGGCACCAUUGUUUAACAAAAGCAUGGGCCAACACAUUCUAAAGAAUCCAUUAAUAUCGCAGAACAUUGUAGAAAAAGCCGGUUUGAAGAGCACGGAUGUUGUACUUGAAGUGGGUCCCGGUACUGGUAAUCUUACGGUGAGAAUAUUAGAGAAGGCGAAAAAAGUAGUGGCGGUAGAAAUGGAUCCCCGUUUGGCUGCAGAAUUGACGAAACGUGUCCAAGGAAAGCCCGAACAAAAACGCCUAAAUAUAAUGAUUGGUGACGUGAUCAAGACGGAUUUGCCAUACUUCGAUGUUUGCAUCAGCAACACACCAUACCAGAUAUCCUCUCCCCUUGUCUUUAAACUUCUUGAACACCGACCGUUAUUCAGAUGUGCGAUAUUGAUGUUCCAACGCGAAUUUGCCAUGCGGUUAAUUGCAAAGCCGGGCGACAGUUUAUACUGUAGACUGAGCGUGAACGUUCAGUUGUACGCCAAAGUGAACCACAUCAUGAAGGUUGGAAAAAAUAAUUUCAAACCUCCACCGCAAGUGGAAUCAUCAGUGGUAAGGAUAGAACCACGUAAUCCACCGCCACCAGUGGAUUUCAAGGAGUUUGACGGAUUAUUACGGAUAGCCUUUGUUAGAAAAAAUAAGACACUAGCCGCAAACUUCAAAACUACAUCGGUGUUGGACAUGAUAGAGAAUAAUUACAAAACAUUUUGUUCUAUAAAUGAAAUGAUGAUAGAUGCUGACUUUGACGUGAAGCAAAAGGUUCUCGGUGUUCUUACGACAACAGGAUUCUUGGAAUCUAGAGCGGCCAAAAUGGAAGUGGAAGAUUUUCUAAGGUAA